GAAUUGUGAUUUUUACAGGGUUCGAAGGAUGAUUGGAGAACCAUAAUUAUUUUAAUUAUUUUAUUGCUCUGCAUUUGCUAGAAGCAAUUCCUGAUCGGAUGACAUUGCUACAUCUAGCAGCAGCGUGCGGCGAGCCCUGUAUUAUGUCCAGCGGAGAUUUUGGUGAUUUUUUUUCUUCUGCACUCUCUCCCUCCCCAACAGAAGAAAGAUAUGCUGUUGUGUUGCGGCCGCAAAAGCAAAUGAAAAGUUGAACUGAAACUUCCAAGCGCACAAAGUCGAGCCGUGAGGUGUUUUCCUUGUUUUUUCGUGUUCGAGUGUGUGUGUGGUGGUUCUGUGUUUCGUACGUGUGCGGUGCGCGUUUGUGUUGGAGGUGUUUCGGUUUUUAUUUUCUUCGUGUUUCCAGUUUGUUUUUCCUAGGUUUCGCUAAAAGAUGUCAUCCGGAAGACCUAUCAAAUGUGUGGUGGUCGGCGACGGCACGGUGGGGAAGACGUGCAUGUUGAUCAGCUACACGACCGACAGCUUUCCCGGCGAAUACGUACCCACGGUCUUCGACAACUACUCCGCCCCGAUGGUGGUGGACGGUGUGCAAGUGUCGCUCGGGCUGUGGGAUACGGCCGGGCAGGAAGACUACGAUCGGCUAAGGCCCCUGUCCUACCCACAGACGGACGUGUUCCUCAUAUGCUACAGUGUGGCCAGCCCGUCGUCGUUCGAAAACGUUACCUCCAAAUGGUAUCCCGAGAUCAAGCACCACUGCCCGGAUGCGCCCAUCAUUUUAGUCGGAACCAAAAUCGAUCUGCGCGAGGAUCGGGAAACGAUAAGCUUGCUGGCGGACCAGGGCCUUUCCGCGCUGAAGCGCGAACAGGGCCAAAAGCUAGCGAACAAGAUACGGGCGGUAAAGUAUAUGGAAUGUUCGGCACUAACCCAGCGGGGCCUAAAGCAGGUGUUUGACGAAGCGGUGCGGGCCGUCCUCAGACCGGAGCCUUUGAAACGACGCCAACGAAAAUGUGUUGUGAUGUAGUGUGUGCUUGUGUGCAUGUGUCCGCGUGGGAGCACCGGAUGGGGGUGAGUGGAGGAGUGGAGCACUCCAUCUCACCACUCAACAAAGAGAAAAAAAAAACAGGAAAAGCGAACAAAACAUACAUUUAGCGAAAACAUAAUUGUACAUAAGUUUAGAAAGGGCCGUGGUGGCAGCGAAGGAAGAGCAAACACACGAGAAAAAGAGCGGGAAACAGGGAACGGAAAAGCAAUUGGAAGCAAAUUUCGAGCGGGCUGCAUCGAAAGAGAGGGAGUGUGGUAAACACAGCAGGACCGGGGACAACAAAAGCAUGUUGGAAGGAAGGUAGCGGGCGAGUGAAUGUUGAAAAUCGUAAAACGGCUAAGGAAUCAAACACCAAAAUGCAGCAAAAACCGUGAACAUAGCGCUGACUCGCUUCCCCUCACUGCCCUGGUCCGGGCAGAAACGUCCCGUCGUGGUGUGCGUGUGCCAUUUUCAGCGAUAAACGGCGGUGUCGCGAUAAAGCCGCCGUGUAAAAAAAAAACAGAAA